GGUUGUAAACAUCAGUGGUCUGUGGUGUUAUUGCGUAGAGCUUAAGGUUGCAGUUUGACAUUCGAGUUCUUAAACGUUGUCGCUGCAGUUGCGUUCAAAAUCAGUUUUGUUGUAACUGUCAAUGGAGAAAUGUUUCACGAAGUGGCUUGCACUUCAAAAGAAGACACUGUAUUUUUGGUCCACUGGCACACACAGAUGCAGAUUUUCCCGAUUAUUAAGUUCUUCAGAAGUUUCGACAGCUUUGCGACCAUUUUAUUUUUCUGUGCAUCCUGACCUCUUUGGUCAGUAUCCAACUGAGAGGACUGUGAAUGAAAAUUCUCUCAAACAACUUAAUUCAUACCUCGAACUGCUGCAGCAAAAGCGACCAACAAGGCCAGCAACACUUACUUUUUAUCUGAGGUCUCAGAGUCCUAGUUAUGACAACACUGUAAAAGGUUUGUUUCGAACAGUGAAGAUUAAUCUUUCACACAGAGAUUUACGAAAAACUGUACAUGGUAUUUUAAAGACGUGUAACUUACCAACUGCCUAUGUAGAGAGAAUACCUGAAAAAUCUGAAACCACAAGUCCAAAUGAAUUCAAGUUUGAUGCAGUAAAAUUUGAACAGAACGAUCCCAUGUAUGGAAGCUACAUUCUUAAAAGUAAAAUUAAAAAAGCAAAGGAAACAGAAACAUUAAGGUCCUGGCUGGAGGAAAACGUAACUGUGGCUCGAGAGAAGCUGGCUGCUAGAAAGCCUGUAAGAACAGAAAUUGUAAGACUACAGGAUACAUUAAGAAAAUCUUUGGGCCUUAAAGCAAUAUUGUGGGACUGUGGCUGGAAUGUGACACACUUUCGUGGUUGCUUGCAAAGUUUCCAGGCAUUGGUACGAAACCAUCCUGAAAUUGUUGGUGCUCUACAAGGAAGAACACUGCUGUUUGGUAAUGACACUGGAGUGAGUCUGGAUGGACAUAUUAUGCUCAACAGUGGAGAAGUUAGGCACAAUUGGCUAGAUCUAAUAAAAAAUUUGCACAAACAAGAUGAUGCUCUUCUACGCAUCCCUGCAUUUGAAAAGGCUGUAUCAAGGGUCCUUAAGGAUAUCAAAGUUGUAAGAAGGAAAUUUCAGCCAAAAGUGAUGGCAAAGCACUAUGAAAACCAUUUACGUCGUCUUAUGACAUCUCUUGGUGACUACAGAGGAAGAACUGGCUAUCCUAGGCACUGGCCCAACACACUGGAAAACUAUGAAUUAGUUGUAGAAACGGAAGCAGGCCCAUUGAUGCUGUCUCCUACUGGGCAGUUCAUAGUUCCUGCAUCAUGCCCUGGUUUUCUUGUUGUCAAUUUUAUAGACGGAAACAUGGAAAAAGCUGAACAACUCCUUGUCUGCUACCAACAUGACAAGCAUAUUGAACGAGACCUCUGUAAACAGUGUGAAGAGGUAUUUCAAUUGGAAGCCCUACAGAAAGAUGACAACAUAACACCUGAAUUAAUGAUAGAAUGUUGUACUCAGUUGCUGAAGAACUUGGAUGUCCUUGUACCAGUCCUGAAAGGUGUGCACUUGUGGGUUACAAACUAUUAUUCAGUUCUCUCUGGCGGAGAAAUGUGUAUACCGUGGAAUUGGAAACUCUGAUUUUUUUUAUCAUAGAGUUCUUGAUUAAUGAGAGAAAUAUCUUAAAUAUGUGUAGAAUGAAGAAUGAUAAUGUUAUUUGACAAUAUGGCUUUACUUAACUCUGUAGCAAGUAAAUUAUUGUGAACCAUAUAAAUAUAAUCUGUAUAGUAUUACAUGAAUGCUCAGAAUGUGAAAGGAAAGAUAAAUUGUUACAGAAUAUGUUUUUGUAUCACAGUGUACCUGAAAAUUAAAAUAGUUGUAUACGUUGAA